AGGGAGUGCGAAGAAGCAGCGAUGAAGAAGAGGGAAAUGCUCCAGUUACUGGAGUGACCGUGCAGGCGAAUAUGAUAGAGGAAGGGAUAGAGCUGCGAUGAUACUGCUCCUGCCAAGACUGAUCGAGGUGAGAGGUUGGCGAUGGAAGACAGAGAGGAUGGUCAUGGCAAAGCGCCCAUUCCCCAGGACAAGAAACCCCACCGCUGUCCAAGGGGAAUGUCAGCGACGAGGCAAGGAGGCAGGGGACUGUAUCGUGCUGGCCGAGGGAUUGAAAAUCUCGUAGAGAAGCAGGCAGAGAGGAAGAAAGGAAAACGGCCAGCGAUGUCAACAAGCAUUCGCCAGACAACUCGAAGUGAAGGCAGUCUUUUUGCCGUUUCCAACUGAGAACAAGAUGACAAGAAGAAUGAUGAGGAUACACACAUCUCGUUCCUGGCCUACACUAUCCCCGAGGCCAUCAUGCCAAUGGAAAAAUCUUCGCCACACCUCACCACAGGACUCGAUGCUGUUCAGAUACUCUUCGGAAGCUCGCUCUUGGUUUCCGAAGCACUGUCUUCCCUGAAUGUGAUCAAGUCUCUUAUGACAAGAGGUUAACACUCACGACGAAUUAUCUCUAGUGCUACAUCUCGAAGCUACUUCAUUCUUGGGCCCACAGAAUUCAGCCGAUCAAGCGAGCAACAAAACACACUUGACGUACACGACCGUUGCUACCGUCUGCAUCUGCCAGUUUAUAAGGGACAUCCACACAUGAUACUGAGUGCAGACGAUGACGUUCAUUUCAACAAAGACAACAAAUAGUU